AAAGUGUAAGCCCAGCUCGGUGAAAACCAUGUCUUUGAACACUAUGAAGAAGAGACUGUGCCAAUAAAUGUUUUUAAAAAUCGCCUGACUGGAGCAAGUCUGUGUGAAGUUCACUCCAUCUUCGACUCAAGUGAAGCACGAGGAUGCGCGCGACACUCAGGAUCCUUUGUGCUUUGACUUUUCUGGUCUCGUGCUGCCGUGGCGCGAGAGUUGUGAGCGGUCAGACAGUGUGUCAGGGCAACCCUGAACACCCAUGCUAUAAGAUCGCUUACUUCAAGGACGUGUCGAGUCGUGUUGCGUUCUGGGAGGCUCUGCAGGCGUGUGAAAUGGACGGCGGUUCGCUGCUGAGCAUUGAGAACACGGCCGAGCAGAAACACAUCGAACACCUUCUGCGGGAGCUCAGCGUCUCUUCCUCCACUGGUCCUGCCAGCAUUACAGAUGGAGAUUUCUGGAUCGGCCUGACCCGUGAGGAGGGUGAUAAUGCACAGGAGCCCGGCGCCUUCGCCUCCUGCCCCAAUCUGUACAGGUGGACUGAUGGAAGCGUCUCGCUGUUCAGAAACUGGUAUGCAGAUGAACCAUCCUGCGGAGGAGAAGCGUGUGUGGUUAUGUAUCACCAGCCUACAGCUCUGGCCGGGCCUGGAGGACCGUAUCUCUACCAGUGGAACGACGACAGGUGCAAUAUGAAGCACAAUUUCAUCUGCAAAUAUGAACCAGAAAGUCAUCUGGUUAAAGUGCAGAGUGAUAGGCCUGGAGGGCAUGAUGUUGAUCUUUCCACUGAAGAUAAAGAGGACAGGAGAACACCACCCACUGAUGAGGAUGAGAGUCCUCGACUUAUAAUAGCGGGGCCUUCAAGUAUGCUGCUAAUCUACGUGAUUAUCCCUACCAUCCCUCUCCUCUUACUGAUCCUGGUGGCUUCAGGGACGUGCUGUUUCCAGAUGUUGAGCAAGAGUAAACCAUGGACCAAAACCAGCGUCAACCAAUCAACUCUCUGGAUCUCCAAGACGCCAAAGAUAGACAAUGGCAUGGAGGUCUAAAUUCCCAUUCGUCUGCACCUUCCUGCUUGCAACAUGUUUAUCCGGUUGUAAGUUCAAACAAGAAAACAAGUGAAGUUUACACAGGUAUCACAUUUCUGUACAGAUGUCAGUUCACUUCCACUGAUCUGCAUUUCAUGUGUCCUGUCACACAGUCAAAUACUAAUUGGCACCAAACACAGUGGGCAAUUAAAUUACAGUAAUUAAAGCAAGUACAAGUGGGAGCCACAUAAAAAGAGGAAUUAAAAGUUCCUUUUAACAGCAAAUAGGGUCAAAUAAACCAGCGAUACAGUAAAAAAUUAUCACUAAAAGAGAUUAAAAAACUUUAACAGGUUUUUGAGGGAUUGGAUUAAAUUGCGUCUUUAUUCAAGACAUUAAAGGCAUAUUUAAUCUCUCAUAUUUCAGUAUGAUGCAUUGCCAAUGAUGUAUAGUUAUGUGCAUACGAUUGAUCAUUUCAAAGCAUCAGAUUUAUUUUAAAAUGUAUGCGAUCAUAUCUUAAACACCGGAACGUUUGGCUUUGCUCGGCAGCUUACAAAACAGAGGAGUUCAUUUCAAAGUGUACAUAUUUUUUGUAUGAUGAGAAGCUGCUUUAAGCUGCCACUGUUAUGUAUGCAGUUUAUUUAUUUUCUUUGCAUGUGAAUAUUUGACUUCCUUUUGCAAUACAGCAUAUAGAAAAUAUCAAUGCGUAGAAGUAUUAAACUGGUUUGCAUCAGUGACAUUGUAACAGAUACCGAAAUUAGUCAGUUAUUCCUCUGGUUGUACAUUAGGAUGCGUUUCUGUGAAUUGGGGUAAUACUGUGUGUGUGCGUGUGUCUGGAUUUAAAAAUGUGCCGUUAAUAUUUUUUAUAUUUUUGAGACAGGAAUUGGACAUGUAUAAAUGGAUUAAAAUAUUUAAUUGUGGAAAUAUUUU